AAGAGUCAUCAUUCCUAAAUCUUUGAGGUCGGAGAUGUUGAAACGCAUUCAUGCCAGUCACAUUGGUGGAGAAGCAUGCUAUAGGCAGGCACGAGAUACCCUUUACUGGCCCAACAUGCAGAAUGAGAUUAGAGACUUUGUUAGUCGUUGCUCAGCAUGCAAUGAGUAUGCACAAGCACAACAGAAAGAACCCAUGAUGUCACAUGUGCUGCCCACCCUGGCUUGGCAAAUUGUAAGUAUGGAUUUACUGAGUUAUGUGGGGCAAGAUUUUUUAUUAAUUGUUGAUCACUAUUCUGACUUUUGGGAAAUUGAGCUCCUUCCUGACCUGUCUGCUGAAACUACAAUCAGGCGCUGUAAAGUACAAUUCGCACGUCAUGGCCUACCAGAUAGGGUAAUCUCAGAUAAUGGACUCCAAUUUGCAUGUGAGCAAUUCAGAAGGUUUUCUACAGAUUGGGGAUUUGUGCAUGUUACCUCAUCCCCGCGGCACCCACAAGCUAAUGGCAAAGCAGAAUCAGCUGUAAAGAUAGUGAAGAACCUUUUCAAGAAGUCCAAGUAUGAUGGUAGUGACCCAUGGAAGGCCGUUCUACAUUGGAGGAACACCCCGACUGAAGGCAUGGACAGUGGUCCUGCACAGCGUUUGAUGUCAAGGAGACUGAAGACGUCAUUGCCUGUGGCCAACAAACUGCUCGAAACUUGUGUGGUUACAGGUGUUCUGGAGAAAUUGCGACGGAGGAAACAAAUCUCCAAACUGACAUACGUCAUGUCUGCCAAAGAUUUACCAGAACUAAGCAUUGGAGAGCCAAUCCGUAUGAAGCCACUUCCUGGCGACAGGACUGGUCGCUGGAGACUGGGUACCUGUGUUCAGAGGGUUGCCCCUCGCUCUUAUGUUGUGGAUGUGGACGGCAGUCUCUACUGUCGCAAUCGAGUGGAUCUGCAAGUGGCAGAACAACCCACCUCACAAACUUAUGAGAGUCCUGCACAUGAUUCUCCAGAGGUGUUCAGUGCCCCUAGUCCCACUGGCCCAAGUAAGCAAUAUAGAGACAAGGCUACCGUCAUAUCUGAAGGAAACAAUGAGGACGAAAUAAUGCAACCGCACAUACCAAUGCAAUAACACAGUGCUUCAGGCUCCUCGGACUAACAGCCUGC